AUCGUGAGAGCGUGAGUCUGUGAGUGUGUGAGAGAGAGAGAGAGUGGGGUCUGGGUGCAAAUUAAACUUCUCAGGGGGUUCCAAAAAAAAACAUUACAAGGGGGUAAGUAUAAUUUUUUCUUUUUUCAGGGGGUUCAACUUGGCUGUGGGUCCGCCCCUGAGUGGAAGGAAGCGAUUGCGUUUCUUUGGGGUGGAAUAGAACUUGGUUCUCAUUCUUAUAUAUAUUCUUGUUAAUGUUCAUUCCUUUCAUCUAUCAUCCAUUGUUUUCAUUCUUCACCUCUAGACAUUGCUGGCAUAACUGUUAAUCAGUAAUCACUGGCAAAUGGGACUGCUUUCCAAUAGGAUUGAUCGGAGACAGUUGAAUCCUGGCGAUCACAUUUACUCUUGGAGGCAGGCUUACCUCUAUGCACAUCAUGGAAUAUAUGUUGGUGAGGGAAAGGUGAUCCACUUCACCCAGAGAGCAGACCCAGAGAACGGAAAGGGAAGCUGUCUCAUCAUAAGUUCAUUGCUCUCUCCAACUGAGAUUCCAUGCCCAACAUGUGGUGAACAAACAAGGACUGAUGGUGUCAUCUCUUCAUGCAUGGACUGUUUUCUUAAUGGUGGUGAUCUUUAUCGCUUUGAGUAUGGUGUCUCAGGUAUGUUUUUUCUAGCCAAAGUUAGAGGGGGUACAUGCACCCUUGCCUCUUCUGACCCACCUGAAGAAGUCCUCCACCGCGCCCAGUUUCUUCUUGAGAAUGGAUUCGGUGGCUACGAUGUCUUCAAGAAGAACUGUGAAGACUUUGCAAUUUACUGUAAGACAGGCCUUCUUGUUUGGGGCCAGAGCGGGCAAGUAGCGUCUUACUAUGCUGCUGCUAAUGCUAUAGCAUGGUCACCAAUUCGAUUGAUGACCACCAGUUUAGGCUUUCUUGGUGGUAUUGGUGGUCUGUCAUUGGUUGGCUGUGGCUCCUACUGUGCUAGCCGGUUGAGUUAUGAUAUUGGAGUACGCAAGGAUAAAAUUAAAAUUCCAGUGGAGAAGAUAGCCGAGAUGGCUAGGGAAGGCUAGAUGGGUUGCACUAAACUCUAUUUCUGUUUUCAUAUGUUAUUAUGUGUAAGAUGUUCUUGACAAACAAUUUGGCAAUUUAAUCUCAUGCUUUUGAUC